CCCUCGGUGGAGCAUCCUCGGGUUCCUCGGUAGCGUCCUCCAGGAGAGGGUCGGUGGGGAGGAUGGCACAAGGAGACGACCUGCAGGCGUUCACCUCCAUCAUGGACGCCUUGGUACGGAUCAGUACCAGUAUGAAGAACAUGGAGCGUGAGCUCUUGUGCCCAGUGUGUAAGGAGAUGUACAAGCACCCCGUCAUCCUGCCCUGUAAGCACAACGCGUGUCACGUGUGUGUCAGCGAGAUCCUCCUCCAGAGGGGGUACGUCUGUGACCCCAACUCCGAGCCCAACUCACCCGCCUCCUCCCCCUCCACCCGCAGCCCCCGCAUGGGCAGGAGGGCAGUGCCAAAGCAGGAGCGGCUCGUCAAAUCAGGAUUUGGCACCUAUCCUGGCAGGAAACGCGGCCCGGCCCACCCACAGAUGGUCCUCUUCCCGUGCCCGUCCUGCCAGCACGACGUGGACCUCGGGGAGCGGGGGCUGGGCAACCUGUUCCGGAACCUGACGCUGGAGCGGGUGGUGGAGCGCUACCGGCAGACGGUCAACAUCAGCACGGCCAUCAUGUGCCAGUUCUGCAAACCCCCCCAGCAGGAGGCCAGCAAGGGCUGCACCGAGUGCCGGGCCAGCUUCUGCAACGAGUGCUUCAAACUCUACCACCCCUGGGGCACCCAGAAGGCCCAACACGAGCCCACGCCGCCCACCCUGACCUUCAAACCCAAGGGCCUGACCUGCCCCGACCACAAGGAGGAGGUCCAUCUCUACUGCAAGACCUGCCAGCGCCUGGUGUGCCAGAUCUGCCGAGUGCGCCGCACCCACAGCGGCCACAAAAUCACCCCCAUCAUCAGCGCCUACCAGGCACUGCGGGAGAAGCUCAGUAAGAGUUUGGGGCACAUCCUGGGCAGUCAGCACGUUGUUCAGGGGCAGAUCAAUGAACUGGAGGAGAGUAUAAAGCAGACCGAGAUGAACGGAGGGAAGGCGCAGGAAGAGGCUCUGCAGCUGAUUGGAGCGCUGCGCUCGGCGUUGGACGAUAAGCAGGCGGCGCUGACGCGGGACAUCGCGGAGCGGCAGAGGGAUCGGCGUUGUGUUCUGGAGUCUCAGGUUUGGGAACGGAAGACGUUGUUGGAGAAUUCCGGGUUGGUUUGUUACGCCCAUGAGGUGAUGAAGGAGACGGAACAACCGUGCUUCGUGCUCGCCGCCAAACAGCUGCAUGAGCGGAUCAUCAGAGCGAUCGACUCGGUUCAGACCUUCCGCGUGGCGGCGUGCGUCCCUCUGCCGCCAUUCAAGCUGGACGUCAGUAGAGAGCUGAAGCUUCUGACCGAACUCAACUUCGUUCGAGCUCCAGACGCUCCUGUGAUCGACACCCAGCGAACGUACGCCUACGACCAGAUCUACCUGAGCUGGCGCCUCCCCCAGGACUCCGCCCCCGCCUGGCACUACACGGUGGAGUACCGCAAGACAGACCCCAAACACAAGACCCUCAAGCUAUGGCAACGGCGGGAAGAGAUAUGGAGCCUGAGCACCAUCCUAGAGGGUCCCGACAUUGACAGCGUGUAUGUCCUCCGAGUCCGAGGCUACAACAAGGCCGGAUACGGGGAAUACAGCGAGGACAUCCACCUGCACACGCCCCCUGCUCCAGUACUGAAUUUCUUCCUGGACAGCAGCUGUGGCUUCCCGAGGGACCGCCUUGUGGUCAGCAAGGAUCGGCGGGCGGUGCGCAGCGUCCCGGGGGUCCCCAUGCUGUUCGCCGCCGAGCGCCUCAUGACCAGCUGCCACGUCUCCAUGGAAUUGGUGCUCGGGGACGUCGCCAUCACUCAGGGCCGCUACUACUGGGAGUGCACGGUGGACCCGAGCUCCUACGUGGUGAAGGUGGGCGUCGGCCAGGAGAGCAAACUGCAGGAGUUAUUCCAGAUGCCGCAAGAUGUAGUGAGCCCGAGCCGCUAUGACCCGGACAGCGGACACGACUCGGGAGCAGAAGACGCCGCAGUGGACGUGUCUCCAUCCUUCUGCUUCCUGACGAUCGGCAUGGGCAAGAUUCUGCAGCCGCACGGCUCUCCGCCCACCUCCCGGGACCCCACCGGAUGUACCACGCCCCUCCCCCCACGCCUGGGCGUCUGCCUCGACUACGAGAAGGGUCGCGUGGGCUUCUUCGACGCCGUGUCCCACCGCGCCCUGUGGGAGGGCAGCGUGGACUGUUCGGGCCCCGUGUGCCCGGCGUUCUGCUUCAUCGGCGGCGGGGCCCUCCAGCUGCAGGAACUGGUCACCAUCAAACACGAGCGCAAGGUGACGAUAAGCGGCUUCAGCAAAGCGGAGUGACCCCCCGUAGACGAGCACAGAGGGAGAGGCCGAGUCACUGAGUGCCCUCUGGGGGGGGCAAACCCCGCAGCCCUUUGUGCCCAUCCAACCUAGCACAAGACGCGGCCGCCAGGGGGCGCCCGACCGCCAACACCCACCAGGGGUUCAAGAUCGGAACGAAGCCAAGACAGGUGGACUAGGAAGGGUUCGAUGUGCCACACAAUGCAUCAUGGGAACGCGCGCAUUCCCCGUCUUCGUCUGACCCCCUCAAUCUGGGCUGGACCCACUGUGACCCCCCGACCCCCAGUAACAGGGUUACACCCCUCCCCCAGUCCCAGCGCAGUCCUUCAUCGCCAAUGAUUUUUACGCACUUUUUAGUUGAGAGAAAACUUUUUGUAGGGAACGUCUUCCCUUUUCUAUGUGUAUGUGACCUGCACAGGAUGAACAUGACACACGCAUGCGCACACACUCA